UCGAAGAAGAUACCAAAGAAGAAGAAGCUUACAGUGAUAAACAUGGCUGAUACAAAGGGAGCAGAUGAAACUACUCCAGGAGUUUUACAGGAAAUGUUAACGUCUCCGUUGAAUUUGAGUCUGCUUGCCCUCUGCAUAUUUCUUUUGUACAAAAUCUUCCGCCGAGACACGCCUGCAGAUAUGGACGAGGUUGAGGAAACUCUGCCUAAACUCAAGAAAAGAGAUUUCACGUUAGCGGAGCUACAACCGUACGAUGGCCUGCAAAAUCCAAGAAUUCUUAUGGCUGUCAAUUCAAAGGUGUUCGAUGUUACCAGAGGAAAGACAUUCUACGGGCCAGAGGGUCCCUAUGGAGUGUUUGCUGGUAAAGAUGCCUCCAGGGGCCUGGCCACCUUCUGUCUGGAGAAGGAGGCUCUGAAAGAGACCCACGACGACCUCUUGGACCUCAACGCCAUGCAACAGGAAAGCCUCAAUGAAUGGGAGACCCAGUUCACUCGGAAAUGGACCCCUUCCAGUGAACAUCACACGCACCCACUAUCCACUCAACAGUGCAAGUUGUUGAUGCAUCAAACAGCUUUGAUGACUCUUAGAACUAUUGGUGUUUAAAAUGUAUGUUUAUGUGCCUCAGGGAAUAACUUGUCUUGUAGUGGUCCAGUCUUUUUGUGCGUAAGUCAACUUUUGUGUUCCUCUUGUAUGACUUGGCAACGAUAGAAGAGUUGGCUACAUAACAAACAAAAAUAUGGUACCAUGUCAGGGGAUAACGUAAUACUACUUUGCAUCAAAUUAAUCUGUUAGAUACACUUUCAUCUACAUUACAUUGAAUAACUGCUUUAAAUUUAAACCCACACAUGGGAGUAUUUUUUUUAUUUAAACUUUCCUUUCACAGAAAAGUAUGACUACGUUGGGAAGCUUCUGAAACCUGGAGAAGAACCCACAGAGUACACGGAUGAUGAGGAGGUCAAGGACAAAAAGAUGGACUAGAACUCACAAGGGAAAUUCAGAUGCCUUAAUUUCUUUCAGGAUAAUGUUAUGCAUAUUGCCUUGUGUUGCAGCCAUUGAGCGAAAUGCUGUCUCCUGUAUGGUUUUUGUAUUAUGUCAUUGUCACGGACCACCUAUUAUGCUAAUUUCAUAUGCCAUUGACCUUCAUUAACCUAAAAUACACUUGAUUUUGGUAAAGGUUAGAAUAAUUAUUGAAUACUGUACUGUCUUUAAGUUAUACAGGUAGUAUUAGUUGUAAUGUGGAGGCUGUGUUUAUUUUGGCCGUCUUCUAGAUUUAGUCAUUUUGACUAGAAUAUUGUCUUAGUCACGUUUUUGUCAUUUGUAUAAUCAUUAAGUCUAGUUGUCAAAAUUAUAGUAACAGUUGGCUGUUUUAGUCAUCACAUUUGUAUUGCCUCAACCUAUAGUAAACAUAACUGACUUCCAUGUGUACAAACCUAUAUAGCCUUGUCCUACCAACAUAUUUUUCUGCAUAACAUAUUCCCAACAGCAGAAAUAUGACUAACAUAUGUAACAGUUAUCUGGGUGUGUAAAUUCCUAAUUGAGCCUACAUAGAUAUUGAACAUUGCAUGCAAAACAAACACACACACACAGCGCAGAGAGAAAGUGUAACACGAUCACCAGAUGGUGCCUCAAAGUAGUAUGGGUUGGUUACUCCUCUGUCACUUGGUCGUGUUAUUUCCAUUGUUAUCUGCCACAUUGAUGUCCAAAAGUAGAACGGGCUAAUGACUAUUUCACCCAGUGAUAUAGUCAAGUCACUAAACCUCAAGUCUGGAUCGAGUCCGAAGUCCCCUGUGCUCGAGUCCGAGUCACCAGCGUUCGAGUCCUGGUCCAAGUGCUCAAGUUUGAGUCACUGGGUCCACAUUAACUCAAAGUUAUUAACCCAGUCAGCUAUAUAGUGUAGUGGCAAGAUGGAUUUAGUCAACUUGUUUGCCAUUAUUUUUGUGCCAUCAAAUGUUUAACGUUACCAGGGCCACUUUCAUUUGCAAAACAUUCUUGAAUGUUGCAAAUAGAAAAUCCAUUAAUAGAGUCAACGUUAUUUCUUAUUCAACAUGUCAGAGAGGCAUUUUCUUCUACAUAGCCUAUUUUUAUCUGAAUGUUACUGAAUGUUGACCUGCUGAACACACCCCUGUUUGUUGACUAUAACUAGAUGAAGUAACAUGACUGAAGGUGUAGCCUAAACAAAUGGUUAAAGGUCUGGUCUGCAAGUAGCCUAGUUUAAGAACGGCCGCUUUGGUUUAAUGAAUGUAAAAUGCCAAUAAACAAUAGAAAACCGUU